AUGAACCAACAACCGUGCCCAGGAUUCCACAAACUUCAAUCUGAUAUCUCGAAUAUGUUCGCCUACUUGAACCACCGUAUCGACCAAAUGGAGAGCACUCUUCUCAACCAAGUGUCUCCUAAUCCUACUGUAGUUGUCACCCCCAAUUUGGACACCCAAGAAUUGCUCGACAUGAUUGUUGCCGCUCAAUUCGGAACUGGAGAGGCUCAACCAGUAAUUGUGUCUCCGGAUUACGGUAGUACGACUGGUGUCCUUAUCUCCACACUGUCUGCGUCUCCACCACCAUCAAUUCCCACAAAAUGCUCCAACUGUCACACUGAAAAGACGACAACUUGGAGACGUAUCGGUGGUUGUUCGGUGUGCAAUUCGUGUGGAUUAUACUACAAAAAGCAUAAGAUCCACCGCCCAAUCAGCAUGCGGAAGGAGAAAAUCCAACAGAGAUGUCGACGUCCGAAGGGUCAAAAGUCUCCGGGAAGCGAUUCUUCUUCUGAAGUUUCUGGAGACGUCGUGAUGAAUCACUUGGAGCAACUGCUGAAGCUCACGGAAUAA